AUGGCUAAAUGUAACACAAAUUGCGUAGAGAAACCGCUAUCAAACGGCUUUGGAAAACUUGGACGUAUAGUUAGUAAAUAUCCGUGGGUGUUCUUUAUUUUGCCCAUGAUAAUAUCAGCAGGUGUCGGUGCAGGGUUUUAUUUUCUAAAAGACAGAGAGGCGAACGAUAUCGAAGAGCAAUUCACUCCAAAAAACGGUCCAGCUAAAGCAGAGAGAGCAUUUAUCAAAGAGCAUUUUCCACAAAGCGAGGAGUUUUCUAGUUUGAGGCUUGACACAGAAGGAACAUUUGCUUCUGUAAUCGCUGUGCACCAAACAAACAUUCUCAACGUAGAUGCUUUCGAAGAAUUGGUAAAGUUAGACCACAAAGUAAAACAGAUCAGAGUCAAUAACCUGACAUUUUCAGACUUAUGUGCCAAGGAAAACGGCACAUGUGUGUUGAACCCGAUUCUGGAUUUAAUGAACGCCUUCAUUAAUGAAAACACACCGAUACAUUUCCCCUGGCAAAGCGGGGAAUUCUUAGGGACAGCAAUUGGCGGCGUGAGCACAUACUCGAACAACACCAUUCAGACUGCGCUGGCAAUACGAAUAUUCUAUUAUUUGAAGGAAGACCAGAAAAAUGAAACAGACCUUUGGUUGAAGAAGUUCAUUCAGACUUUGUCAACAGAUGCACAUCUCAACACGACCACUGUCUCCUAUUUCACUUCAAUAUCACGAGCAGAGGAAUUUGAAACAAAUCCACAGACAGUGAUACCAUUGUUCUCCAUUACUUACUUUCUGGCCAUUACCGUCUCCAUAGUUUCAUGUAUGAGGCUGGACUGUGUGAGGAAUAAGGUCUGGGUGGCCACCUUCGGGGUGCUGUCUGCAGGCCUGGCGGUGCUCACCAGUUUUGGACUGCUGCUCUUCUGUGGGAUGCCAUUCGUGAUGACCGUGGCGUCUUCUCCCUUCCUCAUUCUUGGUAUUGGUGUGGAUGACAUGUUCAUCAUGAUUUCACACUGGCAGAAAACAAAAGUCAAAGAUGAGGUGGAAGAUCGCAUGGCCGAGACAUACAAAGAGGCUGCUGUUUCCAUCACCAUCACCACUCUAACUAAUGUCUUGGCCUUUUACAUUGGCCUCUUGACCCCUUUUGGGUCGGUCCAGUCCUUCUGCAUGUACACCGGCACAGCCAUCCUCUUCUGCUACAUCUACAACAUCACAUUUUUCGGUGCCUUUCUGGCCCUGAAUGGGCGAAGAGAGGGAAGCAAUAGGCACUGGCUUACGUGCAGGAAGGUUACACCUGCAGAUGAACACAACAAGAGCAAUGCCUGUUCAGUUGGAGGAGCUUAUGAUCCUGAGACAAAGGCAGAGGAGGAAAUGCCCAUUGACAUCUUCUUUAAAAAGUACUAUGGUCCAUUUCUGACAAAGCCUUGGACUAAAGUGUUUGUCAUUUUGCUCUACUCGGGAUAUUUGGCCGGUAGCAUUUAUGGUUGUUUUCAAAUGCAGGAGGGAAUUGAUCUAAAAAAUUUAGCACCUGAUGAUUCAUAUGUUGCUAGCUACUAUGACAAUGAAGACAGAUAUUUCUCAGAGUAUGGCCCUUUUGUCAUGUUAGUUAUUAAAGAUGAAAACUUCCAAUAUUGGGAGGAAAGUGCUCGUGAAAACCUCAACACAUGCCUAAAUGAAUUUGAAUCAUCCAAUAUGGUUGCUAAAAACAUGACUGUAUCUUGGCUUAGAUCCUAUGUUAGUUAUGGAGAUGGUUUGGGAUUAAAUCUUACUGAUGGAAAGGGUUUUAUGGAGAAUUUACCUACAUUUCUUCUACUGUCAGGUUUGACACAAGAUGUUAAUAUAUCCAAUGGCAAAAUACUGGCUUCCCGAAUAUUCAUCCCCACUGUAAACAUCAUCACUGCAAUUGAUGAGAAGGAAAUGUUGAACUUUUUCAGAGACACAUCAUCCACUUGUGGCCAAAACAUGAAUCUGAUGGUCUACCAUCCUGCCUUUAUUUUCUAUGAUCAAUAUGCGGUCGUUGUUAGCAAUACCAUCCAAAAUAUUGUAGUUGCUACUCUGGUCAUGCUUUUAAUCUCUCUUCUGUUGAUUCCACACCCUGUCUGUUCUCUGUGGGUGACCUUUGCCAUUGCCUCUGUAAUAGUAGGUGUAGCUGGUUUCAUGGCUUUGUGGGAUGUUAAUCUAGACUCCAUCUCCAUGAUCAACCUGAUUAUCUGCGUUGGCUUUUCUGUUGACUUUUCUGCACACAUUUCCUACGCCUUUGUCUCAAGUGAAGAGAAAACAGCCAAUGGAAAAGCUAUUGAUGCCUUAUACCACCUUGGGUAUCCAAUUAUACAAGGAGCUGUAUCUACCAUUGCUGGUGUUGUGGUUCUCUCAGCAGCAAAGAGCUACAUUUUCAGGACCUUUUUCAAGAUUAUGUUACUGGUCAUCUCAUUUGGCGCUCUCCAUGGCAUCAUGUUUAUCCCCAUAUUCCUGACAUUUUUUGGGUGCAUUAGUGAUUCAAGCAGUGCUCAGGAUGUAAAGGAUCAAUCUAGCAAUGAGCAGCAUUUGAGGCAUCCUGUUCAAUUGCCAAGUGUCGAAUCAGAAUGGGUAGAAGCAGAUGGUCCAGUAAGAAUAGACAGAGGCAGAAGGUCCAAACAGAAUGAGCAUAGUGAUGUGCAAUUGUCAAAGUUCUAAACAGAUUCAGAAGAGUGUUCAGGAUGACAAGUAUCAAACUGAUAAUGGCAAAAUGACAAUGAGAAAAUUGUAGCAGUAACACAGUUGCAUGGGCAAACAUCUGAGAAAAGUCUUGACAGGUCUUGACAAUCCAUAACAUUGUGGGGAAGUAUCAAGAAACUAAAGCACUAUUAGCAAUAUAUUAACAGCACUGUCAACUUCACAUGGGAAAUGCACAUGUAUUUUUGGAGUUUCUUUGAAAUAUGAUUAUAUUUGUAUAUGUAUGUUUUACAAUACACACUGUUUCAAUAUACAUAAUAGUAGUGUUAAUCAUACCUUAUAUCAGUCAUAGAGUUUAUGUUAUGUAUGUUCUUUGUCUGGUUGCUAAUGUUUACAUAUUUUCUAAAAACAGUACAGAUCCUUAUUUUAUUCUUACUUACUUAUUUUCCAUCAUGUGUAGGUGAAAUAUAAACAUUUUUCUAUAGAACAUUCUUUGUCAUUAUUUUUGCGUAAUCAUGAUAAUUAACUGAUAUUCAAUUGAA